GCGCAUGCGCAGUGUAGUGCGCUGUGCCUUCCUUCCGGCCGCCAUCUCGCUCCCCUCCGCGUGCUGUGCCCGGUCCCACUACCCGCCCGCGGCUCUCGCCUUUUUUCCUCGCUCCGGUGCCGCCGCUUCUGUCCCGGGAAGAUGAAAGAAACAAUCAUGAACCAAGAAAAACUCGCCAAGCUGCAGGCCCAAGUGCGCAUCGGUGGCAAGGGUACUGCCCGCAGAAAGAAGAAGGUUGUCCACAGAACAGCUACAGCAGAUGACAAGAAACUUCAGUUUUCUUUGAAGAAACUUGGAGUCAACAAUAUUUCUGGAAUUGAAGAGGUAAACAUGUUUACCAACCAAGGAACAGUCAUUCACUUCAAUAACCCUAAAGUUCAGGCAUCUCUGGCUGCUAACACGUUCACUAUCACUGGCCAUGCUGAGACAAAGCAGCUGACAGAAAUGCUUCCUAGCAUCUUAAAUCAGCUUGGAGCUGACAGUCUGACUAGCUUGAGGAGAUUGGCAGAAGCUUUACCCAAGCAACCUGUGGAUGGAAAAGCACCACUUGCUACUGGUGAAGAAGAUGAUGAUGAAGUUCCAGAUCUUGUUGAAAACUUCGAUGAAGCUUCAAAGAAUGAGGCAAACUGAACUAAGUGUCACUUCCUGAAUAAAGUUAAAACUUGAAAAAGCUACAUGGAGCUGCUAUUUUAUAGUGUGACUGCUUUGAUUUUUAUUUCCUGAUGAGAUCUCAAGAUCUGUGAUAUUUGGAAACUCCUUGAACAUGCAGCUCUUUAGUUACUGCUUGUACACAUUAUUUUUGUGGCCUGAUUGAACAAACCUAUGCUUUGAAAUAAGUCAGAUUGCUAACAAAUCUCUGCCUAGACAAAAUUUUUGAGUAACUUGUAUACAAGCAAAACCCCAUCUUUAAUGAACUUUGGCAUACAAUAAAAAUAUAAAACAAA